AUGGAACGUACACCUGUUGAUCUCGACCAACUCGCAUACUUAGCGGUUCUACCUGACAUGCAAACAUCUAUGGACUUCAUCUUAGCCCUCCGAUCAGCCUCAUUGGAUGACCCCAUAGCAAAACUUGACGAGGACGCAAAAAAAAACCUGCGGGAGCCUCUUCGCGAACUUCCAAAUGUCGUAGAUCCCAUUGUCCGUCAUGGAAUCACAAUGUAUUAUGCUCUCGAACACUCUUCCCGAAAUGCUUAUGAACGUAUCUGUGCUUCCAUGCAACGCACUUACCCUGAUGCAGAGGCUAUGCCAAGCUUCCGUCGUACUGAACGCAUCAUUGCUGAGUACACUGGCAUUAAGUCUAUUACUCAUGACAUGUGUCCUGAUACAUGUAUUGCAUUCACCGGCCCUUUCACAGACCUCGAUCAGUGUCCUAUAUGCCAUAAGACGUGA